AUGUCUAUUGACUCUGACGACGACAGAAGUUACGAGUACGAUAAUUUUGGAAAAGUCAAAUCUAUACCAAACUGUGGUUCCUGGCACGAGUUAUGGCCAACUCGUAGUGAAGAAGACCGGCAUUAUACGAUAAAAUGUAAGAUAGAGUCAGGCUUGGUAGAUCCGAACUCGCCGGUGCAAAUCGACGCCCGGGACAAUUUCGGCCGGACGGCGUUGCACUUGGCCGUUUACAACGAUCUCGAGGAGAUUACGGAAUUUUUACUGGAUCGCGACGCAAAUCCGAACUUGGCCAACGACAAAGGAGAGACUCCGCUGCACGUCAUUUGCCGCAUCGACAAGUACGACUCGGAUCGCUGGCUAUUCGAUCAGCCGUACACUGUAUACAAUCCCCUCUACGUACAUCAGAGACAGUGCACCGAACGACAAAGACGUAUGAUCGAGUUGUUGCUGAGUCUAGGCGCCAAUCCGAACGCGCCCGACGCGAACGGAUUUACACCUUUGCACGUCGUUUGCCAGAAAAAAUGUGACGAUGAUUACGUAAGGAUGUUGAAUACGAAAGAAAUUCCGAACGUGGCUUUGUACCGCAACCACCAGAGCGUGAUCGAAUCGAUGCUGAGGCGAGGCGCAGAUCCGACCGUGGCCAAUGCCGAAGGAUCGACGCCUCUGCACUUUAUUUGCAAAGGAUACGGCGACAAUUUUCAGUUGGCCGAGACGUUGUUCGAGCGUUGCGACCAAAGGUAUCGGCCGUUUCUGCGGGUCGACGCUGGAGACGCCAUGGGCGAGACGCCGCUGCACUUGGCCCUGCGCGAAUCCAACGAUCAGCUGGUCCAGUGGCUGCUGCGGAGAGGAGCCAAUAGGACUUUGACCAAUUCGAAAGGAGAGACUCCGCUGCACGUCGUUUGCCAGAGACACUUUGAAUCUGUCGGCUUGGCGAGGCGGAUAAUGUUGAUCAGGAACGACGACGACGACAGACAUCCACGAGUACAGAUCGACGCCCGGGAUAACUCGAACAAUGCAGCGCUGCACUUUGCUGCGAGCCAAGGCCACUCACAUUUGGUCGAUUUUCUGUUGGCAGAAGGCGGCGCCGAUCCGAAUCUGGCCAACGAUAAAGGAGAGACUCCUCUGCACGUUCUUUGCCAGAAAAAAUGCGACGACGCUGACGAAAGGGAAAUCACGCUCGAAUUACGCCACCACCAAGGAGCGGCUGAAUCGUUGCUGAGGCGAGGCGCAGAUCCGAGCGUGGCCAAUGCCGAAGGAUCGACGCCUCUGCACGUGCUUUGCAAAGGACACGGCGACAAUCUUCGGUUGGCCGAGACGUUGUUCGAGCUUUGCGACCAAAGGUAUCGGCCGUUGCUGCGGGUCGACGCUCGAGACGGUAACGGCGAGACGCCGCUGCACUUGGCCACGAAUCGGUCGGGCAACAAUCAGUUGGUCGGAUUUCUGUCGAGAAGAGGUGCCGAUAAGAACGCAGCCAACGAUCAAGGAGAGACUCCUCUGCACAAUAUUUGCCGAAGAGGAGAUAUCCAAAUGCUGCAGAUAUUCUUCGAUGUCAAGCAAGAAGUCAACGAGGUGGUGGCGGUCGAUGCCGUGGACAGGACGGGCCGGACACCGCUGCAGUGGGCCGUGGCGAACUUCAGGACCGACCUGAUCGACGCGCUCUUGGAUCGUGGCGCCGAUCUGUCCAGCUUCGUUUUUCCCGACCAGGCUCAUUUCUACGAGAGAUUUGCCGCGGACGUCGCGUCUAAAAUGGAACUAGCCUCUGGCAUUAUGAUGGUGGUGGAACAUCUCGAGGACAAAGGAUUCGACUUGGAACGAAGCCAAGCCCUGACGAUAAUGGAACUCUUCGCCGAGUACGGAUUGUUCGAUAAAUCGACGACUAUUGAAAUAUUCUUAAAUAACGAGGAUUUUGUGUGCCUCGUGAAAGAGGAAAUGAUAAAACCGAACUUGUCGCUCCACGACCUGAUCCAGCUUCGGCCCGAAGAGGCGGCAAAACAGCUCACGUAUAAGGAUUACUUCGAGCUAGUGCGCUCGAGAGGUUUGGGCAGGAUUUUUGCCUUUUACAGAAAGGUUUGCUUCGCGCAUCUGCGCGAGAAACUGUCGAAAAAAUUUUUCCGGGCGUGGGCCCUGUAUCCUUUCCAGAAAUUGAUACACUAUCGUCUGCCAGAAGAGAUCUGUAAAAUCAUUAUCGAGACGCUGGCGAACGAAGAUUUAUAUCAUAUUUGCUUGGCGGCUGAAAGGUUAGACUGA